AUUGCUUUUAGAUACCACGCAGAGUGGUCGUGGAUACUCACUUCCUAUGCACUGCCUAAUCACAGGAGUGAUUGCUUCAAUCUCCUCUUUUAUCCCACUCACUUUGGUUGCGUGCAACAGCAGAAAAGACAGUAGAAGAUCUUUCCGAGAACGAAAUACUGCUGGAACUUCGGCACGAAGUGUGAGUUCACAACGACAAUUGAGCAGUGUAGAAGAAGUGGAACCAACGCAAAGAGAGGAUAUAAGAGCAGUAGAUUCGUUGAAAUUUAUCACAGCAAGAAGGAGGAUAGUAGUGCAACCAGGGAGCAAAAAGCUUGGAUCGAGUUCAGAUCACACAGAUGUAAUCAUUGUACCACUUGGCAAAGCGCAACAACAAGUGGUGCCUCGCAGCAAUCUAACGAAACCCAAUAAACGAAAACAACAUAGUAAAAGGGCUCGACUAAAGGUACAUUUCUUGGACGAGGUCAAGGGACAGAACAAGGCAAAGAAGCGUCCUGCACAGGCUAAGGUUGUUGUAAUGUCUCUAGAAGGAAGCAAAGAGAAGGACGACGCAACUGAAAGAUCAUCUCUGGCUGAUUCGUGAAAGAAGAGAAGAUUUACUUAUAUGGACCACAGAUCUUAUUUGCUCAACUAUUGCUUCAUAUUCAAAACACAAAAGAUAAAAUACUC